CUUGAAGUUGUGCAAUACAUGCCUUCAGUUCACCACCGUCGUCACCUUACCUAGGGUACUUAUCUUCUUAAUCUGCUAAGACAAUAUGAGAUAGGACACUGUACGAUCUCUAUCCCAUGAUUUCAUAUCAUGUCAAUGUGGGCGUUGGCAAGAAUAAAAGCACCUCUUAAUGGGGGGCUUAUAAGAACUACUGCUCUUACGGCUGCCCUUCCAUCCCCAUCUCUUCGAGGUACUCUCUCGUUUGUCGUGUCAGAAAGUAUACGCUAUAGCUCAUCAUCAUCAAGCACACGAUGGAAGGAUGCAAACAGCAAAGACAAGUUCGCCCAGCAGGCCAAGAUACAAGGCUUCAAGAGCCGUGCUGCUUUUAAACUACUCGAAAUGGAUUCAAAAUACAAGUUGUUCAAACGAGGACAAACAGUGGUCGACCUAGGAUAUGCACCAGGUAGCUGGUCUCAGGUCGUCGUGGAUCGCACAAAACCAAAUGGCCGUGUGGUUGGAAUUGACAUAAUUCCGGCGCAGCCACCAAAGGGGGUCUCAACUAUUCAAGGCAAUUUUCUAAGCCCGGGUGUCCAAAAGCUAGUAAAAGACUACCUCAUCGAGUUUGCCCAGAGGAAGAGCCCGUCAGACUCUGCGGCGGAAACAACGGAAGGGAUAACCGAACGACCGAGUUAUAUUGAUUCCGAGCGCUCUGAAUCGACUGACCACCAUUCACCUCCGGAGGGUGAUGGAAGACUUGUAGAUGUAGUUAUAAGCGACAUGUGUGAACCCUGGUACCAAAACAUGGGACCAUCGAGAACUUUGAGUAACCCUUCUGUUCGCAGGUUGAUGAAUACGAGCGGUAUGAGUUUCAGAGAUCACGCAGGUAGCAUGGACCUCUGCCUUGCCGCCUUGCAAUUUGCAAGCGACACUUUGAAAACCAACGGCCACUUCGUCUGUAAAUUCUACCAAGGCUCCGAAGACAAGGACCUAGAGUUGAUGCUCAAGAAGCUGUUUGCAAAGGUUCAUCGUGAGAAGCCAAACUCGUCAAAAAGCGACUCACGAGAAGCAUACUUCGUGGCCUUACGUAGAAAAGGCGGUGUCACACUUUCAGACAUUGCCAAAUAGCUGCUAUCUCACUAAGCUAACAAUCACUGUAUAAUAUCGUAUUAUGUUGUACUAUACUGUCAAGAGAAGAUGAGAUAUGAGAAGCCGUCGGGAAACUUCAUAUAAUGCAUUGAUGGAACAAGAUGGGGGCUUGUGGUGAAUGUCGGUAGUAGUAAUGAGUUCUGCACUACCUCGAUGCUUGCCCGUGUAAGAAAACUGGAAAUCACAGAAGUCUCUUAAGAGCAACCCCUCCCCCCUUUUAACUACCUUCGUUCAUUUUUGUCGCCAAUGUCAUUUGUCUGUUUCCGUCCAUCUACCUAACAGCACCAGCCUGGAAUACCAGUCGCGUCGUCUCCGAGAGUCUCGUUUCCCGGGGGACCACAUAUUGAACUAGUCCCGUUUAUACGUAUCGGGUUCAUACUGAAGAAUGUUCCUG